GCCGCUAAUAAUACCAUGCAGUAUGGACAAAAUAUCUCCAUACCAUAUUCUCAACCACAAACUGAUUUGAAUUUUUUAAAUGCUGCCGCCUCCGUGGAUCAUAAAGGUAAAAUUCAUCCAAAAAUUGAACGUGAUCGGGAAGAAGUUUUGAAUCAACAAAUUUUACAAAAUGUCAAUCAAUCAUGGCAAACAUUGGCCAAUACUGCCAAUACCGUUGAUUACUCAUCACAUUUGCUCUCCGCAACACUGCCAAUUUCCAUACAACACUUCCUCAAAUAUUCCGAAACGAUUAAAAAGGAAUCCUCAGGUAUUGUGGGCACACAAAUCAACUCAGGGAAUUUGAAUUUGAGCAAUUUGGAUACGACUUCAGGAUUUAAUAUAAAAAACGAUGUCCUUAAGAAUGGCACCAAUUUGGCUAGUUUGGCCUUGGGUGGCGUCUCGCUGGCACCAAGUCAAACACAAGCGAAUGGUAAUCAUCAUACACAUAAUGGCAAUGGCACUACGGGACUCGUCAGCAUGGAUCAUCAGCAACAACAACAGCAGCAUAUACCCAAUUUAAAUGAUGUCACCAAUGCUCAGCAGCAGCAACAACAACAGAUGGUGGCCAAUCAAACGAUGCCGCCCACAAAUGGCAAUGUAAAUGUUACCACAAAUGGUAAUGGUGUGACUAAUGGUAACACCGUAGUGACUAGCACAGCGCCUGCAGCUCCCAAUGGCACAGCAACUACAGCCGAUGGUACGGCACCGGCUGCUCCUACUAAGGGAAAAAAGGGUAAAAAGAAGAAGCCCCCAAAGGAGAAGAAACCCAGGCCAAAACCUGGUGAGAUUAGGGAAACCAAGGCUUUGGAUGGUUCCACUCUAUACUGUUGUCCCGAAUGUCAAAUGGCCUAUCCAGAUCGUUCAUUAAUCGAACAGCAUGUCAUUUCGCAUGCCGUAGAAAGACGUUUUGUAUGCGACAUCUGUAAUGCAGCGUUAAAGCGUAAAGAUCAUUUGACACGACACAAGUUGUCGCAUAUACCGGAUAGACCACAUGUGUGCAAUAUUUGUAUGAAAUCAUUUAAACGAAAGGAGCAAUUAACUCUACACAUUGUUAUACAUUCCGGCGAAAAGAAACAUGUCUGCAUUGAGUGUGGAAAAGGUUUCUAUCGCAAAGAUCACUUACGCAAACACACACGUUCGCACAUCGCUCGUCGUGUUAAAUCCGAGGUUUCAGCCCAAAAUGUCAACACCACUGGUAACGGCACCAACAACAAUAAUACCAACAAUCAGAACAGCACGCUACAUGGUUCCUGAGGUUCGUACAAGGACUUUUGGUAAAUUGUUAUAAAAUUUCUUAACCAUAAAAAAUGUUUGAUAACUUUUGCACUCUAAAGAAAUAGAAAACUAAAGGGAAAACUUUAGUUUUUUUUUAAUUCUUUAUUUAUUGCAAAAAAUUUCAAAUAUUAAGAAAUUUUAUAAAAAUUUACUAAAUGUCCUGCUAAGCGUCAUAUAUUUUUUUUAAAAAUGUUUUCAUUUAAAAACUCUUUUUAAUUUUAAAUUUAUUUUAAAUAAUGUUUUUAUAUAUUUUUAUUAAUUAAUUUUAUUUAUGUUUAUUUACAAAAUAAAUUUACUUUAUAAUAAAACGCACAAAUUUGCUAACAAAAAUCUAUUUGUUAAACUCGAAAAGGAAAAAAAAAUAAAUUCUUAAAAUUUAUAUUAAAAUAAAAGAAAAUAAAUACUGAAAUGAUAGCAAUUAAAAUGUACAAAAUGUUAUACAAAAAACAACAACAAUAUAUUCAUAUUUACAAAACAAAAAACAACAAUUAAUAUUAAAUAAAAUACUUAAAAAGAAAAGCAAAAACAAAAUGAAACUUAACCCAACAUUGCCAGCUGAAAAGCCAAGUUAAGUUAACUUUAUUUUUUAAA